AUUUCAAAAUGGCGUACCUCCACACGGCCGGUAGUUGAGUGAUAAGGUUUACCAUGUUUUGCACACAAUCGAACGUGUAACUUUCGUAACGGAUUAAACAUAGCUCGGAAUACCACCAAGGCCUAACAUUGUAAUUUAAAUGAAAAUGACAUAAUGUCAUCAUUAAAACCAAAAAGUACUCGACCAAGGUUGACCAGCCAGCAAACUCAGGAAAAAGAUCAAGGUCCAAGAGGUUGCAGAAAGCUUCAAUUUGAGGCGCAUAAGCCCCUCAAGGGUAAAUCUUUCUACCUUGAUGUAAGGAAACAAGUCGCUAAACUAAAGAAGGAUCUUGAAGACCUGGGAGGUGUGGUUGAGACAUUUCUGAGCAAGGAUGUGAGUUACGUUGUGUCAGAUCGACCUGAAGUCAAGCUGGAAUACACUAAGAAUGCAGGUUUGAUCGUACCUUCUGGAGCUAGCCCUGCAGUCUCCACACCAAGUCCAUUCCAACAAGGCAAAGAUUCCACGCAUGGAGCAACAGAUUCACCAAGUGCAUCAGGAGAAGGCAUGGUCACUCGAGGAAAAGCUAUUGUCCAGAAAGCCACUAUAUCUCAGACAUACGGAACAAGUAAUGUGUUGGCCAAUGCACACAACUGGAACGUCAACAUCCGAUAUAUUGACUCUGUCAUUAAGUACAUCAAUAAGGAGAAGAAAAAGAUCAAAGAAGCUGAAGUUCUAUCGCCAAAGACUGGCUCCCAACACAAUCGGGUAAAGCCUGGUACUACAAAAGAAAGAAAAUUAAGCAAGCCUGCGCUGAAAGCUGAAGAUGCAUCUCGCCAUUAUAGACCAUCCACCCAGGAGAUGUCUUCCUGGCCAAGGCUUAGUAUGGAUGGACCAUCAGGUAGCUGCCCAUUUGAUGUGACAGUAUCUAGAGACAAACACAUGAACAGCCCUGAGACACACCAACCCAAAGGCAAGCAACAGCGCUUUGAUUUAUCUAGAAAUAUGAGGAGUCCUGAGGCACACCCAUCACGCCUUAGCAAGCAACGCCUUAUUGAGAAGGAAGUCACAGUAACUACACCUAUUCAAAGGAGUCCUGAGGCACACCCAUCACGCCUUAGCAAGCAACGCCUUAUUGAGAAGGAAGUCACAGUAACUACACCUAUUCAAAGGAGUCCUGAGGCACACCCAUCACGCCUUAGCAAGCAACGCUUUAUUGAGAAGGAAGUCACAGUAACUACACCUAUUCAAAGAUCUACUGCACGGAAAGCAACGUCUUAUACACCAAUCAGACAUAAGGAUACAGGAGUUAGAGACAGUAGAAGAGGUUAUUGUGAAUGCUGUCUCACUAAGUAUGCAGAUCUAGAAAAGCAUCUGGUGAGUGAGCAGCAUAGAAACUUUGUUCGUGAGAGUAAUCACUACGCUAAUCUAGACGUGAUGAUUGAUGAAGGACCUAACAUGGGUCAGUUCCUGGAUGAUGUCAUGCAGAAUCAUGAAUGGCAGAGACUAGAAGGAAUACGGAGCAUGGGAACAACUGAUGGAGUGAAUCUUAUCUCAUCCCCUAGUAAACUUGUCAACAGAGGAAAAGACGUGUGUGUGCAAAGACAUAAAACCAGGCAACAAAAUGAAGAAACACUGGACAAAGAUACUGCACAAUCUACAAGUGUAAUUAGUAAGAGACGUCCUGUACAAAGUAAAGAGUCUGCUGUACAUCAAUCCUUUCCUGCUACAAACACUCUUGAGUCAGUUGCUGAUGCUGCAACUACAUCCAUUGCUGUACAUCAGGAGAACACAGUGCCAGUUGGUAACUCUGAUCAGCAUGACGGUGUGUGUCAAGCCUUAACACCACCAAGACGCUCAAGCAGACAAAGGAGUACAAACCUCAUCAUUAUGUCAUCAACAGAUGCUAGCAAACAGGAUGAAAUGUUACCAUCGCCACAGGGGGAAGAGAAAAGGUUAUCAAGCAGUAGACCAACAAACAUUGACAGUACUCAACAAUCUCCAGCAACCCCUGGUAGAAAGUCUUCAAGACUAUCGUUGUCCGCAAGACGAAGACAGCUACAGAAGACUAGGACUGGUUCCCCUGAGAGUACAUCACCCAUAGAGGUUACUAGUAAACAAGAUAGUCAAGUUUCUGUUAAUACACCUCCUACGAAGGACAAAAGACACAAAUGUCUACGGCUAUCACUGACAGCGAGGAAACGACUGUUGAAGGAAUCAAUGAACAACAAAUCACUCCCUGUUGAUGGAGUAGAAGAAGCUUCAGCCACACCUGACCCUAAAACAUCCCAGCAGGAAACUACCACUGAUGUUGUACAAGGAGUAACCAAUCAACCUAGUACAUCAAUAAAACCAAAACAAGGUGGUAACAACCAGGGAAUCAGUCAAUCACAAAUGAACAAGACUGGUGCAUCUAAGACUCUGUCACUGAGAAAGAGAAAACUAUGUGACCUUCAUGAUAGCAUCUCCCCAAAGCAUAUAAACAAAACGGGUAUUAACACUGUUCACAAGCAGCAUACACAGCCGGACAGAUAUGACAGACAAGAAUCUACUAAGGAACAGAGAAGAAAGAAAAGCAAGACCAGAGUGACUGUUGUUGACAGUCAAGAGUCACCUUGUGAUUCAGAUUGCAACAUACCUGAUGUAAGCAAUUGCCCUGUAGGUAAGCAGACACAAGGACCUGCCAAACAAGCAUCAGCCCCAACAAGUAGACAAUCAAUGCAUCAUGCCAACUUUGAAACCAUAUUUCAAAGUGAUCCAAAUGUAGAACAGUCAAGUUUCUUGGGGUUCAGUACUAAUGACAUUACUGAGACAGAGCAGCGCCUGCAACAAUUGAGUGCUUCAUCUCUAUCCUACACAGACAAACUUGAGGAAGCUGCUCUUAAUGUCUGCUGUAUCCCCUCAUCUGAAUUGUGUUUACCAGAACAGGAUGAUGACUCCUGGAGUGGUUCUUCAGAUGAAGAUCAUGUGGAGGAGGUAUUUGUUGGCAUGGCACUAAGGAAUCUUGCUAACUUUCCUUCGGAUGGAUCAGAUUGGGAAGCCAAAGUAGGAGGGUUUAUGUCGGUCAGACUGGACAAAGCUAUGCAGGUUAAGAAGAAAGAAACCAUCAUGCCACAAGUAGGUAUCCAAGGCAAGGAGAACAUCCAUGGACAUCUAUUCAGACAGGUUGAGAAUAUGCCUGAUAAGAUAAUCACAAGUGAUAUGAGUAGACAGCUGGAACAGUUGCCCAAUACCUCACAAAAUAUACCAAGAAGUAAGGACGAAACAGUGUCAAGGAAAACAGAACGUAGGUCCAAGCCAGUUGAUGCUGAAGUUCCUACAAAAAAUCGUACAAUAAACUGUGUUCCUAGUCAUAAGACGAAAUCAAUAAAGCAGAGUACACAAGCAUCUUUAUCAUCAGGAUCAGUGAAUGUGGAAAAGAGAAUAAACACCCAUCGACAUCCAACACCUUUGAACGGUCCUUGCAGAGUUGCUUUCUCAAAUGCAGUGUCAGUUUCUUCGCCUGGCCAGUCUCAAAAGCCUGUAUGUAGCACUCCCCAACAGAACAAGUCACAAACUACUGGGAAAUAUCAGCUCGUGUUUUCUCCUGACACUCCUGUGGAUGAACGGCAAAUUAUUUUGAAUCAUUAUGUUCAUGAUGUAUCAGAAGAAGAUAUUGAUUUCCCUAAGUUUUCAAGCCCUGGACAGUCUGAUUUUAUUGUAUCUCCAAUUAAGAACUUCACCAAGAAUAGAUCUCCAAACCUAAAGAGAGGUUCCAGAUCAUCUUACAAGUUGAAGGCCCCCAAGGCACUUAGUGAUUUAUCUCCUAGAGCAAGCUCCUCAAAGAAGUCUCUAUUUACCAAGAGACCUACCAAGAGGAGGAGAAGAAACUCCACUCCAUCACAACCAGGUAGAGUUUUUCAUCUUCAUUUAAACCCACCAGGUUCACCCAGAAAAAGAGAUGUAUUGCCAUCUGGGCUUUCCUCACCCAUCAAGCAGUCAGUGGCUAAUAUUAAGCAGUCAUUACAUUUCCAGUCUGGUUUGGAACCUACACACCCACAAUUCAGCUAUAUGCCAAUCAACGAGUACAAUAAAACAUCACCCACAUUUUGUGCUGAAACAAAGCCACACUUUUCCUCUCAUAUUCUUGAUCCUGGCAACAAACGGCGACGUAGUGAUAGACUCAGAAGGCAUAGUCAUCCCCAGCAAACGCUGCAACGACCUUCAAGAACAUGGUCACUUUGUGUAUCUUUUGAUGAUGACAUUUGUCGCAGUGAAGAUGUGUAUGAAUUUAUAGAUGAAAGCACAGAGUUAGAGACGGGAAACAGCAGUCAACAGUCAAAGGAUGGUGCGGUCAAAAGAAGCAAUACACCUAAAAAGACUGCAUCUUCAAAGCUACGUGCACCUAGAGAUAAAGCAUGUACAUCAGUGCAGAAAUCAAGUGAGCAUUCCGAUGAUCUUGUUAUGGAGGAUUAUGGCUUACCUUUUUCAUUUUUUAUGUAACUUGUUAAUAACAUUGAUGAGCAAUCAGAUGAAGUACUCUACAUGAGGAUGCAAUGUAGGCAACUUAUACCUCAUAGUCUAUAUUUUCUGUACUUGAUGUUUUUGUAUGAUUUUGUUGAUAUUUUGAGGAAAGGUAAAAGAGGAUGAAAUUGUGAUAAGAUUUUUUACUUUAAAGGUUAUUGUGGCUUAUUUAGUUUGGUUUUAUUUAAAUAUCAUGCUAUUAAAUGAAGUGUUAGACUACAGUAUUCAUUAUUUAUCAUGAGGGCAAUAAUUUUAAGGGCAUAGUGAGGCCGUAUCCAAAUUGGUGUCUACAGCUACGGCUAUGACUGUUGCUAAGGGUGUUGCUAAGGAUGCCUAUACUUCAACGCAUGAUGACGCAUAGCCGUAGCUAUAGCUGCCAAUUGGGGCGUGGCCUAAUGGUGUCUACAGCUACGGCUACGACUGUUGCUAAGGGUGUUGCUAAGGAUGCCUAUACUUCAAUGCAUGAUGACGCAUAGCCCUAGCUACAGCUGCCAAUUGGGACGUGGCCUGAUGGUGUCUACGGCUAUGACUGUUGCUAAGGGUGUUGCUAAGGAUGCCUAUACUUCAAUGCAUGAUGACGCAUAGCCCUAGCUACAGCUGCCAAUUGGGACGUGGCCUAAUGGUGUCUACGGCUACGACUAUUGCUAAGGGCGCCCUAUACUUCAAUGCAUGAUGACGCAUAGCCGUGGCUAUAGCUGCUAAUUGGGACGCGGCCUGAUGGUGUCUACAGCUACGGCUACUACUGUUGCUAAGGGCGUGCUAAGGAUGCCUAUACUUCAAUGCAUGAUGACGCAUAGCCGUAGCUACAGCUGCCAAUUGGGACGUGGCCUGAUGGUGUCUACAGCUACGGCUACGACUGUUGCUAAGGGUGUUGCUAAGGGCGCCCUAUACUUCAAUGCAUGAUGACGCAUAGCCGUAGCUACAGCUGCUAAUUGGGACGUGGCCUAAUGGUGUCUACAGCUACGGCUAUGACUGUUGCUAAGGGUGUUGCUAAGGGCGCCCUAUACUUCAAUGCAUGAUGAUGCAAAGCCGUUGCUAUAGCUGCUAAUUGGGACGUGGCCUGAUGGUGUCUACAUCUACGGCUACGACUGUUGCUAAGGGUGUUGCUAAGGAUGCCUAUACUUCAAUGCAUGAUGAAGCAUAGCCGUAGCUACAGCUGCCAAUUGGGACAUGGCCUGAUGGUGUCUACAGCUACGGCUACGACUGUUGCUAAGGGUGUUGCUAAGGGCGCCCUAUACUUCAAUGCAUGAUGACGCAUAGCCAUAGCUAUAGCUGCCAAUUGGGACGUGGCCUGAUGGUGUCUACAGCUACGGCUACGACUGUUGCUAAGGGUGUUGCUAAGGGCGCCCUAUACUUCAAUGCAUGAUGACGCAUAGCCGUAGCUACAGCUGCUAAUUGGGACGUGGCCUAAUGGUGUCUACAGCUACGGCUAUGACUGUUGCUAAGGGUGUUGCUAAGGGCGCCCUAUACUUCAAUGCAUGAUGAUGCAUUGCCGUAGCUAUAGCUGCUAAUUGGGACGUGGCCUGAUGGUGUCUACAGCUACGGCUACGACUGUUGCUAAGGGUGUUGCUAAGGAUGCCUAUACUUCAAUGCAUGAUGACGCAUAGCCGUAGCUAUAGCUGCCAAUGGGGACGUGGCCUGAUGGUGUCUACAGCUACGGCUACGACUGUUGCUAAGGGUGUUGCUAAGGGCGCCCUAUACUUCAAUGCAUGAUGACGCAUAGCCGUAGCUACAGCUGCUAAUUGGGACGUGGCCUAAUGGUGUCUACAGCUACGGCUAUGACUGUUGCUAAGGGUGUUGCUAAGGGCGCCCUAUACUUCAAUGCAUGAUGAUGCAAAGCCGUUGCUAUAGCUGCUAAUUGUGACGUGGCCUGAUGGUGUCUACAUCUACGGCUACGACUGUUGCUAAGGGUGUUGCUAAGGAUGCCUAUACUUCAAUGCAUGAUGAAGCAUAGCCGUAGCUACAGCUGCCAAUUGGGACAUGGCCUGAUGGUGUCUACAGCUACGGCUACGACUGUUGCUAAGGGUGUUGCUAAGGGCGCCCUAUACUUCAAUGCAUGAUGACGCAUAGCCGUAGCUAUAGCUGCCAAUUGGGACGUGGCCUGAUGGUGUCUACAGCUACGGCUACGACUGUUGCUAAGGGUGUUGCUAAGGGCGCCCUAUACUUCAAUGCAUGAUGACGCAUAGCCGUAGCUACAGCUGCUAAUUGGGACGUGGCCUAAUGGUGUCUACAGCUACGGCUAUGACUGUUGCUAAGGGUGUUGCUAAGGGCGCCCUAUACUUCAAUGCAUGAUGAUGCAUUGCCGUAGCUACAGCUGCCAAUUGGGACAUGGCCUGAUGGUGUCUACAUCUACGGCUACGACUGUUGCUAAGGGUGUUGCUAAGGGCGCCCUAUACUUCAAUGCAUGAUGACGCAUAGCCGUAGC